CUAAAAGCAAUCACCGAACGCUGUUAUAAAAAAAUAUCAAGAACCGCCAAAUCACAAAGGUGAUUAACGGCUGUGAUCUGAUUGCUUUGGUUCAUCAAAAUGAAAAAAGUAUUUAAUAUUUACAUUUCUUCAUUAAUUUAAAUAUAAAACCAGAAACCACCAAAACCGGACGGGUAAGAGCUGGUUGGAUUUUGGAAACCCCUUCUUUCUUUUAUAUAUAUAUUUAUCUUCUCCAUUAAUCCAUCUCCGUUGGAUUCAGGAGAAUCUUUUGUACGCCAUAAUCGAAGCUCUAUCUCUCGAGUCUUCAAUCAUGAGUUUCUUCAAAAGCUAAUUCACGUUAUUCUUAUUUCAUUCAUUUAUUUUUCUUCUUUGAAUCCGCUCUCUGAAGAGAGAAAAGAGAGGGGAGGGAAAUGACAUCGGGGUUCUCCGGGGGUGGCACAGAGUUUUACGGUAGAAUAGCAGGCGGAUCCGUCUCUAACAGUGGCACCAUGAGCAACAACCAACCCACUGCACCGUACGGGACACAUGGAAUCUUCAUGGACCCAACGUCUCAAAUCGUGAACAGGGCCGCACCCGGUUUCGUCGGGAAGCGAACACGAGCUGACUUCAAUAACCACGGCCUCAAUGAUCUUAAUCCCCGUCCAGUUAAGCCCAGAAAUUACCAGCACGCUUAUCCGAUUUCUCCCUUAUCGCCUAUAGAUUUCUCGUGCAACAUGUUACCGGACGUUACAUGUAAUUUCUCGCCUUCUUCUUCCAUGUCGCAGCGAUACGGGGUGCCGGUUUUACAGCAGCUGAGGCGGCAGCAACGUCCUCUCGGUAUCAGCUCCGGAGCCACAAUCCAGGCUGUGAACCCUGGUUUCUCAAGGGCUCAGUACUUGAACUUGGUGCAAGCACGAGUGGUCCAGGCGCAAGACCCGGAAAAGAAGAUGAUGAAUCAGCUUCAAGAGCUGGAGAAACAGCUACUAGACGACGACAACGAGGAGGAAGGAGAUGCCGUUUCGGUGAUUACCAAUAGCAACAGCGAAUGGUCAGAAACUAUACAACCCUUGAUCAGUUCGAGCAGCCCUAACAAGCAGAUUGCCACAUCGCCUACUUCUUCAACUACUUCAUCCUCUUCGUCCACAUCAUCGGUGGCUUCUCCAGUUUCUAUUUGUUCAAAGCAGAAAAUAAUGGAGGUUGCAUCAGCUAUUUCCGACGGUAAAACUGACGUCCUAAACGAGAUCCUGGCCCGAUUAGCUCAACUUGCUAAUGCUAAAGGGAAUUCAGAGCAGAGGUUGACGGAGUGCAUGUUGUUGGCUCUAAAAUCGCGGCUCAACUCCGUAGAAAGCUCGCCACCGGUGACUGAGUUGUUCAGCAAGGAACACGCUACAGCGACUCAUUUGCUCUAUGAUCUGUCUCCUUGUUUUAAGCUCGGGUUCAUGGCUGCUAAUCAGGCUAUCCUCGAUGCCACUUUGGACCAACCAAGCUGUAAGAAGUUACAUAUUAUAGAUUUUGAUAUUGAGCAAGGAGGGCAGUAUACAACUCUUCUCCACGCGCUCUCGGAGCGUGGGAGAGGGAACCCUGCCAUGGUAAAGAUCACUUGUAUUGCUGAUAAUGGUGGGGAUGAGAGGUUGAAGGCGGUUGGCUUUAAGCUGAGUCUAGUUGCUGAGCGGUUCGGAGUUCGUUUAAAAUUUAAUGUGGUACCGAGUCUUAAACUCAGCGAUCUGAGUCGAGAGUCACUCGGCUGCGAACUCGACGAGCCUUUGGCUGUCAAUCUCGCGUUCAAGCUUUAUCGAAUGCCGGACGAGAGCGUAUCAGUGGAAAAUCCGAGAGACGAGCUUCUCCGUCGCGUGAAAAGAUUGGCGCCGUGCGUGGUAACGAUAGUGGAACAAGAGAUUAACACCAAUACGGCGCCGUUUGCCUCAAGGGUGGGAGAAGCAGUUGGAUAUUACGGAGCUUUGUUUGAGUCGAUUGAGUCGACCUUUGGGAGGGAGAACUCAGAACGAGUGAAGGUGGAGGAAGGUCUGUUGCGCAAAAUUGCCAACUCUGUUGCGUGUGAAGGGAGGGACCGCGUUGAAAGAUGCGAGGUUUUUGGGAAGUGGCGGGCCCGGAUGAGCAUGGCGGGGUUCGAGUUAAAGCCGCUGAGUGAAAGCGUUGCAGAGUCGAUGCGUGCCAGACUCAAUUGUGGUAACCCGGGAUUCACCGUUAAAGAAGAAAACGGAGGGAUUAGCUUUGGUUGGAUGGGCCGAACUCUCACCGUCGCAUCAGCCUGGCGUUAACUUCACCUAUUUCUCUCUAAUAUUGUUAUUAAUUGCUAGAAGAAAAAGCGAACAAAAUUCCAGCAAACCCAAAUAAUAAAAACUUGUGUUUGGAUUCCUCGAAA